AAAACCAUUCGGCCCAUGACGAACGGCCCAACAUAUACCAAGUCAUCCCCCAUCGACUUCACCCUCUGCGUUCCCCUCGCCGCUGUCGUCGACGACACGCCGUCCGCGCGAGCCAUGGAUCCAGCCGCUCCCCGCCGCGGGCGCCUACAGAUCCACCUCCUGGUGGUGGCCCUCACCGUACUCGUGGCCCUCGUCGCGCGGUCCGGCGCCGAGGUCAUCACCCUCACCGAGGAGACCUUCUCCGACAAGAUCAAGGAGAAGGACACGGUAUGGUUUGUGCAAUUUUGCGUCCCCUGGUGUAAACACUGCAAGAACCUUGGGACGCUUUGGGAGGACCUGGGAAAGGUUAUAGAAGGUGAGGAUGAAAUUGAGAUAGGGCAAGUCGACUGUGGUGUCAGCAAACCAGUAUGCUCCAAGGUGGAUAUCCAUUCCUACCCAACAUUCAAGGUGUUUUAUGAAGGCGAAGAAGUAGCAAAAUAUAAAGGACCAAGGGAUGUGGAAUCACUGAAGAACUUUGUGUUGAAUGAAGCUGAGAAAGCGGGUGAGGCAAAGCUUCAAGCUGAUUGAAGCUAGAACAUGGGCGUAGACAAGGAUCUUGCUUAGAUCUUUUUUAUCUUGCCACCGUGUCCUGUAUCCUGGCAUUUGAUAGAAUACAAGGACAGUUCCUAGAAAAGAAAAUACCUUGUAUCGUUUGAGUUUUCACCUGCUAGUCCGAAUCAGCUAAUGGAAGUUCACAUGUACUCCAGUCCAUACUAAGUGUUCGACAUUGAUAAACUUCACCACUGCUUAAAAUGCAACGACACAAAAGCCUAUUUAUAUCA